AUGUCUUACGCAAAAAUUUCAAAGCUUGUGAAAGCACGAAAACCCGAUAUCAUUACAAACGAUGUUAGUCAUGCGGUGCGACUUGUGGAUGAUAAACACUGGGGGUUCCGAGGAUCUAUUGCACUUGAUGUGAUGCAUAUUGAUGGGCAAAUGACCAAAAAGAUUCGGAAAACAGUUGUAGAUGGGCAGUAUCUGCCUUAUAUAUUUUUCGUUCAAAGGUUUAAUAAUUGGGUCCAUAAGUAUUGCUUUCAUGUGAUUGUAUCUGCAAGAGACGGGCACUUGCUAACCCACACUGAGUUUGAACAGUAUCAGCAAAAGUUUUUUGGUCUUAUGAGCAGCCAUAUGACUUGGGAGAAGUUUUCAGGUGUCCGGUUCGAGUCUGAAGGUGCGCUUCUCAAGCCCUAUGAAGAUGAAUGGUUGAUGAUGCUGGGCUUUACGCAGUUUCAAAUGAGAAAUACUGUUAAGCCAGACUACAUUGUCGCAGAUAUUUUCAAGGCCAUCGAGCUUAUUUUUGAUUGGGAUAGUGAUCUGGGGCCUUCGAUUUCAUUAUUUAACAUUAGACGGAUCAAGAUGGAAGACAUCAAGGUCCUGGCACACGACGGUUCCGGGAUACGCAGGGUACCUGUGUUUAAGGAUCUGCGGGAGGAGCUUGCAAGAACUAGGUUUGAGUAUAUACUAUGUCCACAAAGAUUUGAUUAUGGGAUUAAUGGGAGCAUGAGUGUGUUUUGUCCUUUUAUGUAG